GAGCAGGUAUUGAGGUUUAAAUAUCUUCAUAAAAUCGUACUGUUACCGAAUAUGAGUCUUUUCCAAAUUCUCAUCAUACCAUCGAAAUUAGUAACGCCAUGCUAACCACCAACGACCUUUUAGCCCGCAACUACGAAGCCUCUCAAAACCAUAAGCCCCUACCAACAUUUGCCGAAAGCCGUUCCGCAGGACAGGGACCUCCCCGGAUUGCUCUGAUCAGCUGCUGUGAUCCCCGCGUUGUUCCCGAGGAGUACUUCGGUCUCACACCCAGAGAUGCCAUCGUCUUUCGUACUGUUGCCGGCCAUCCACAGGGAUGUUGGAAAGAUCUUGUUGCCUUAGAUACAUUUAUAUUUGAAGGGUUCGGCGUUAAUGGGUUUGAAGAGGUUAUUAUUGUUCAUCAUACCGAUUGUGGCUCGCUCAUGUUUACGAAUGAUAUGAUCCACCAAGGUAUUCAAAAACGAAAUCCAGAGAGUAACACUGAGAACAUCAUUGGUACUGAAUUCGGUGCUGUUUCGACUAGCAUUGAGCAGAAUGUUAGAGAUGACCUGGAAUGGCUCAAGACUGCUCCUCUCGUACGUAAAGAGUUGGCGGGGAGUGCGAGGGGGUUUGUGUAUAAUAUUAAGACGGGGAAGUUGCAUGAAGUGUGA